GCGAGUCUCCAACACCUCGUCCUCACCGUCCAUGGCACUGUAGGAACAAAGGACUGGUCAGCUGCUGAACGCGCUGCCGGCAAAUUUGUUGGCUGUGCCAAUCACAUCAGGCGGGUUUCUCGGUAGCCGUGAUAUCUCGCGAAGAACUGGUAGCUGGCUGGAUGUUCGGAACUCUUAGUGUUCUUGCCACCGCGUGGCAUGCUUGCAUCCGAUCGCAACCGGUACAACAUCUGGGAGAGCCUACCAAGCUCGCCAAAAGAAUUUGGUCGCACCCAUCUAGAACAAGAGCACCGACUUUUUGUGCUGGGCUUCGGUCUCAGCUUCCCUAUUUAUGGAUACUGCAGCAAGCUCUCCUCGCCUACAACUGUGACCAACCCUAUGGCACAUAUCAUCACACUCAUCAUUGUCUCUAUUAUCUUCGACGAAUUCUUAUGUGUGACCCUGCACAUACUCUGGAAAUGGGGAGUAUCGUGAUUGCAAUGGAGAGCGCAUUAGGACUAAAUUAACACACCACUUGGUACGUUUUAGUCUGUUUUCGUUGAAUGGCAUCUGCGGAACUGUGUAUCACUUAAUUGUAUUCAUCAAGCCUGUUCAAUACAACAGAAUUGUUCAGUUUCUAGUGCUGCCUUACAUUCAAGUGACUAAGUUGCGCAACCAAAGUUGUCUCAAGUCCAGACGGAGAAAAA